AUGUCGGACCCGUCUCCUCGGGCCGUACGCUUCUCUGGCGGUGAGGAUGAGCUGCAGCAAGAAAGACCCAGGCCACGACGACCGUCCACAGCCGACGUUGAUGCUGAGACCUCGUCGCCUGACUCAGGCGACGAACCCAACGCCGUAGAGGAGCACAACGAGAUUGGCGACCUCGAUCUAUAUGCUGACACUCCCACACAUGCCAGCUCUCUGGCUUCGGAACCUGCCAAGCCGGCCGUCAAUGGUGCUCCCCCAAAGACCCAGUGGAACAAUGCAAAUGACGACAGUGCUGCCUAUCCCAAUGGUGGCCGGCCACAGCGACCGCUCGCCCCGACCAGGGCUCCAUCCAGCACAUACAAUCCGGCCACAUCUCGAAAACCGCGGCCGUCGCAGCAGACCCAGCCGUUCGCCGAGUCGAUGCGGUCGUCGUCCAAGACUCGAGCCCGACAGAGCGAGAGCAGGUUCCGAGCGCAGGAACGAGCCUAUGUUCAGAAGCUUCGACAUGAUGCGUCUGGCGAAUACUUUUCAUCCUACCAAGGAAUGAACGGAAAUGACUCUGAAUCUGAGGGGGAGACCCCGGGUUCGGAGGGACCGUUUGAAGACCGCUUGGAUCAAGAGACCAUCAUGUUUUACGGCAACGAUGAUCUUUUACCGACCGAGGAGGACAUGACAGACGCCAGCAACAGGGAGCGGCUGGAGUGGUACGACAUGCUCGAGGCCGUCUUGACCGGCGACGUUGUUCGUCAAGAAAAGAAGCGACUUAUUGGUUCUUCAGACCAACAGGCCAGUGAAAAAGUCUACAAGUCAGAACUCUGGCUCGGCCUCGGGUCCAAGUUCUUUGGCAGACCGAUUUCUGUGCACAGAACCGCCGUCAGGAGAGCUCGCGAAUCGGUCGAUCGACUCUUGGACGACAUCAUCAACUUUGAGGUCAAGGGCGAAAGCGAGGCCGGGAAACCACCGUACGAGCAGGUCAAGGAUAUCGUCAAGAAGAUCGAGAAGUGCGAGAGUCUCUAUCCUUCGUGGCACGCCUUGGCCACAGAACACAAAGCAGCUGCCUCGCCUCAAUUCCAAGAGGCCUACGAGGCCAUCUUUUCCUGGUACAACACGAACAAGAUGAUCAACACGGAACUGUCCAUUCUAAAGAAGUGGGUUGGAAAUGAAGAGCUGGACUUUUCUCGCACCAAGCAAAGGUCACCUGCUGUGGACGGCAUCACCAACGACGAGACGUCUUUCCUCGAUCGACUGAUGAAAGAGGAUGGCUUGCAAUCCCUUUACGAUGACGGGGAGCAAACUCCCCAAAAGGGUAUGCUCUGGCCCAUUUCCAUCAUCAUUAGCAAAGCCAAAACAACACUGAUUGGCAACUCUGCGCCCUUCCGAAAACGCCACCUGCCGCCAUAUCUGGAGGAGCUGUUGACCCUCAUCAGUUUUCCGUCUCGGCUCAUUGAGGAAAUCACGAAGACACGUCUCGAAUACGCUAAGAGGGUUAAGGAGGCCGCUCAGCAGAAUCCAAUGAUGCAGGAUCAGAUGAUUUCACAAUUCCAACUGCUCCUCAAGUUUGCAAUCAGAAUCAAGCAGGAGUAUCUUUCCAUCGAAAGCCCUGAACCCGGUUGGGAGCUACCACCAUGUAUUGAUGAGUCAUUCGACCAGGUGGUGUUGGAAGCACUCAAAUACUAUUUCAAGAUGCUGAAUUGGAAAUUGAGCGGCAACAAGAAUUCGUUCAAAGAAGCCGAGUUGCUGUUUCAAGAAUGGGACUUUGCCAACAACAUCGGACGCCACCUGCAGGGCGGCCAUGUCGAAGUGGCCGAGCAGUUUAGCUCCCUAACGUUCAAAGCGUUGAAUAGGUUGAGUCAGACGUUUGAAAAAGAGCUGCAGGUGAAGCCGAGAGAAAGCGCCGCCGAGAUGAGCAAGCGAUACAAGGCUUGUCUGGAUUCUGUCCGUAUCCGCCAACGAAUGCUGCAAAGAUUUUGGAGAACGCUCAGCGACAACUACGAGCAUGUCUCUGAUUUCAGCAUUUUCUUCCCGCCAGAGACGAUGCAAAAAUUCUACGAUCAGCUGGUAAAGUCCGGGCACUUCCUCUUGGACACCGGCGUGUUCGAGAAGCAGGACACGUACAUCAUUGCGUCCCCGGAGCUUCACGGCAAGCUGGAUGACAUACAGGCAAUGAUGGUUGUGACUUCGUUGGACCGAUUUCCAGAGCUGGGCGAGCAAUACCUCCUCAUCCUGCGACCAGAAGACCGUUUCCCGUGGUUUGGAGAAAAGGUCAGUGUGCCUCUGCGAGAGCAGAAUAUCGAUCUCAAACGGGGACAAGCCCGACUGUGCGCAGCAGGGUCCCGGGCAUUGCCAGAAGCCAGAAAAGCAUUUCUCGAGGCUGUGGAUAUGCACGUGGAUCUACUCCAGGAGUCCAGGUCCAAUAUUCACAAAGUCAACACGAGACUCAUGGAGAUUCGGCGUGUGGCCUACAAGCUGUCCAACACGUUUAUGGACAGCGUCGAGGUGAUCCGCAAACAGGCCGAAGGAAAGGACUGCCAGGAACUGGUGCAAACGUGCUUCGUCUUUGCUACUGAGUUCGGUCAACGGUCACUGCUCUACAUGGACAGCAAUAGGCGGCAGAUGAACAACUUGAAGCUCACCAAGCUUGCUCUUGAUUGGGUUAGCUUUAUAUGUGACGACUGCAUUGCUUCAGAUCGAAAGACGUUUAGAUGGGCCGUGCUGGCUCUGGAAUUUGCCAUGGGCAUGACGAGGGGACGACAUAUUCUCGCACUUGGUGACGAUGAGUAUGAGAAGCUCAGGACCAAGGUAGGCGGCUGCAUGUCACUCUUGAUCUCGCACUUCGAUAUCAUGGGUGCCAGAUCCACGCUGCUGGCGGCGCAGGCAGAAAAGGAAGGGGCGGACGCGUCGGGGGAGCAGCCGAUGCUGCUGGAAUCGAAAAAGAUUCUCGACGACGAGGAAGCCUCGCGGUGCACCACAGAGCAGCGGUUGACUCGGCUGGAUGUCUUGGAUGAAUUCAGGCGUGAGAAGGAAGGAGAGAGGCGGGCACUGGGCCGUGUGCUGGAGGCCAACAACGAAGCCGAUCGAUCGCUUGCCUAUUUGUCCUCGUCAGCGACCAACGUCACGAAGAGGUGGCAGCAGGGGCAUUUCGUUGGCGGCGGCACCUUUGGCAACGUGUACGCAGCCAUGGACUUGGACACUGGUCUGCUGAUGGCCGUCAAGGAGAUCAGACUGCAGGAUCCAAAGCUGAUACCCACCAUUGCCGAACAAAUCAGAGAGGAGAUGGGUGUCUUGGAAGUGCUGGACCACCCCAACAUCGUGCAAUACCACGGGAUCGAAGUCCAUCGAGAUCGUGUGUACAUCUUUAUGGAAUACUGCUCUGGCGGGUCGCUAGCGAACCUGCUCGAGCAUGGACGAAUCGAGGACGAACAAGUAAUUACGUUUUACGCCCUGCAGCUUCUGGAGGGGCUGGUGUACCUCCACGAGAGUGGCAUCGCUCACCGAGACAUCAAGCCAGAGAACAUCCUGCUCAACCACAAUGGCAUCAUCAAGUAUGUCGACUUUGGGGCCGCCAAGGUGAUUGCCCGCCAAGGGCGAACGCUGGCGGCGGAUUUGCACGCGACGAAACCCAACAAAUCCAUGACCGGCACUCCCAUGUACAUGUCGCCGGAAGUCAUCAAAGGGGAGAACCCGGGGCGAGCGGGCUCCGUGGACAUUUGGUCACUCGGGUGUGUGGUUCUGGAAAUGGCCACUGGACGAAGGCCAUGGGCCAACCUGGAUAACGAAUGGGCCAUCAUGUACAACAUUGCGCAGGGCAACCCGCCGCAGAUGCCGACGGCCGACCAAAUCAGCCCGGAAGGGCUUGACUUUCUGUCCCAGUGCUUCACGCGAAACCCCAAGGAACGGCCGUCAGCCGUGGAGCUUCUGCAGCACGGAUGGAUCAUGGCUGUCCGCAGCCAGGUUGUCGAGCCCGUGACGCCGAGCGACAGCGGCUCAUCGGCGCAGAUGACGCCGCUGACGGCGAGUUCCAGCAAAGGCAGCUACGUGAUGGAUGGGACGUGA